UCCAACUCAUUUUUUUCUCCACUCUCUCUCUCUUUCUCUCUCUCUUAAUAGUUGAUCAUGGGAAGCUCCGAGCGCAUCAAAGAAGCAGUGGUGGUGACUCCAUCGGAACCAACUCCAUCUCAUAAUCUCACUCUCUCUGCCAUUGACUCCCAACUCUUCCUUCGCUUCACCAUCGAGUACCUCCUCAUCUAUAAGGCCCGGCCCGGAACCGACCAGGACUCCGCCGCGGCCCGCGUCAAGUCGGCCCUAUCGAAGGCCCUGGUCCCGUACUACCCGCUUGCCGGGAGAGUCCGGCCCAACCCCGACGGCUCGGGCGUUUUAGAAGUCGUCUGCCGGGCCCAGGGCGCGGUGUUCAUCGAGGCCGUAUCGGAACGCAGCGUGUCCGACUUCGAGAGGGCCCCACGCAACGUGGCCAGCUGGCGGAAGCUCCUCUCCGUACACGUGGCGGACGUUCUCAUGGGGGCCCCACCGCUUGUCGUCCAGCUCACAUUGCUCCGCGACGGCUGUGUCGCCCUCGGCGUCGGCCUCAACCACUGCAUCUGCGACGGGAUCGGGAGCGCCGAUUUUCUCAACUUGCUCGCAGAGUUGGCAGUCGGGAAAAAGUCGUUGACCGAGUCCAAACCGAGGCCCAUCUGGGCCCGCCACCUAUUGGACCCGCAUCCACGGCCCUAUAAUAACAUCACUCAUCUCCCCGAGUUCGACUCGGUCCUGGACCAUUGCAACUUCAUGGCUCGGUUCUCGACCGAGCGACUCGUUCCGACGUCGUUUGUGUUCAACAGGAGAUCUCUCUUCGAGCUGAAGAAUAUCGCCGGUGGGUCCCACUUAUCGUUCACGUCGUUCGAGGUUCUCACGGCGCACGUGUGGAGGAGCUGGGCCAAGGCAUUGAACCUACCACCGAACCAAGUACUGAAGCUUCUUUUCAGCGUCAACGUACGGAACCGAGUCAGGCCGAGUCUCCCGCCGGGUUACUACGGCAACGCGUUCGUUCUGGGAUGCGCCGUCAGCACAGUUAGGGAGCUGACAGAGAGAGGGUUGUCGUACGCCUCGGGAUUGGUGAAGGUUGCGAAGGAGAGGGUGGGGAACGAGCGCGUGAGGGCGGUGACGGAGGCGGUGGCGAGCGGCGGCACGUGCCCGGAUCCGGUGGGGGUGCUGAUAGUGUCGCAGUGGUCAAGGCUGGGCCUGGAGAGGGUUGACUUCGGGAUGGGAAGGCCGGCCCACGUGGGGCCCAUAUGUUGUGAUAGGUACUGCCUGUUUCUGCCGGUGACGGAUCAGAAAGACGCCGUGAGGGUGAUGGUGGCGGUCCCCACCAGCGCCGUUGACAAGUACGAGUACCUGAUCAGGAGCCAGUUGUGCACGUGAGGACCACCUGAUUGAUUGUUUGUUAGUGCUCACCCGUUGACUUUAUAGGCUUCUUUGACUUUUUUUUUUUAAUCUUCCUUUUUUUGGGAA